CACAGGACAGGGACGCCAUCUUUAACACAGGACAGGUUAUCAACAACUUACAACAAGAGAGGAUAUAUCUGUAAUAUCAUUACUUGACGAAAGAAAAUGCCGUGUUGUGCAGCCUAUGGCUGCUCUGUACGGCCCGGACGUGAUAAACGUGUGCAUUAUUUCCCUCGGGACCCUACUAGGAGGAAACGGUGGGAGCAGGGGGUCAGGAGGAAGGAUUGGACGCCGAAUAAUUAUUCCUUGUUGUGUGAGGACCACUUUGAAGAGUCACAGUAUGAGAGUCACAGGGCUGACGGUCUAAGGAAGCUCAAGCCAAAUGCUGUUCCAACUAAAUUUGUCUUCUCAAAACCAGAAAGAAAAAGAAAUUCUUCCAAAAGACCUCCAAAAAUGAAAGUUGAAGUUGGUCCGGAUCACGCAUAUUGUUCUAAAUCCCUUGAUAGGCCUACAGCUCAGCCCGAGAUGCAGGGAAGCGAUUUCAGUGCCGAUGAUGGCAGACAACAGGGAAUUCCAGAUCCAGAUCCAGAUCCAGAUUCCAAUCAUAACCAUGUAAACUUGGACCUGACAAGCAACAACCCCACACCACGGGCAGGUUUGCCACAUGCAUCGUGUCCUGUGAACUGUGAAGAAAAGCUGAAAGCCUUGACAAACAAGGUAUUAAGACUAGAGCUAACUCUUGCCAAGGAAAGGCGAGAGAAGUGGAGGAUUCUCCAACAGAGAAGACAGCUUGAGGAAAAAGUUUUAAGAGUCUUCAACAGAGAUCAACUCGCCAAGCUCUGUCAAGUACACGAGGAACGAAAGCUGCACGAGGACAGAGCUGCUGGAUAUCAACUGCUUCUUGCCCAAAAACAACCUCUACCAUCAGUUAGAAGAUCACUGAGAAGAAGACUGACACUUGAGAAAAGAAGUCCUUUACUUUGACAUGUCUGCUUGCCCCAGGGGAUUUCAUUGUAUAGCUCUUUGACAAAGAGGCUCUCGUUUACAUCAAAUGCACUUGUGGACUUUAUUGUGACAACACAACAUCCUUGGAUUCUUCGUUGAGGCUUCCCACUGGUUUGAACUUUGCAAAAAAGUUAACAAUACCAAACUGUAGCUUUCAACAGUGUAACCUACCUCCUGAAAGAAGACAGAUGAAAAUGUUUUUUACUGAGGGUUUGAUCUAUCUUAAUUUCUAGAGUUGGGUACAUUUUCAAUCAUCAGUUGUCUGCUUACCAAAUGGAUGAUGUUGUGGGUUCACUGAUUCACCCUGAGAACAUUCCACUGAACCAUUCACUCAGAUCUUCCGUGUCAGACAAGCUCUGCUGGCCUGUCCUGUUGAGUGCUGCUCUACCCGUCAUUCCAGCAUUCAACGUCUGUCAUGGAUUCAAGGCCUAUUUGUCUUCAAAUAAAACUCAGGGAUGAUGUUGCAAAACAUUAUGUUCUCAGUCAUGGAAAUUCUAGGCUUUUCUCUAUGUGCUGUGUGUGUUUGUACACAAUCUAAUUUCACACAUCAGGGUCCAUAAGCAUUUGCAUCACUAUUCAUUACAUCAUUACUCAUUUUGCAUACUGUUUUAGUUAAAGAAACUUGACACUUGAGCAAUGACACUCUUCAGGCCUUCAGGCCAGUAGAAGACCUUGGGAGUAAGCCCCAAGUACUAAAUCUAUUGAAAAGGAAGUACAAGAAGAACAGGUAAAGGGCAAUGCUUUUUGGUUUGUUAGGGGAGGAUGUUGGAGGUUUUGGGGCAGGACUUGUCACAGAAGUUUUCUAAAGAUUCUAGAAGAUAGAGAGGUUGAAUGUUCCGAGAGCAUUGGGAAGCUCGUUUCACCACUAGGGAACCCCAAAUGAGAACAGUUUGGAGACCGAGAGGCCCUCGGCGUUCCUUUGAGGAACGAAGUGGCCCAGAAAGAGCAUAAGUCUGUAUAAUUCUGUUCAAGAUGUGUGCAUAUCCAGGAGACACCUUGUUGGCAGCAGUCAAUGACUUGAAUAUGACUGAUUGUCUAUAAUGUGGCUCCAUAAGGAUUCAAUUAGCUGACUCAAGUACAUUUCAAUGAGACAUAGCAGAAAAGCCGGUCCAUUCUACCCUGAUGUAAGCAACUUACAUUACAUUAAUGUUUCUAAAUUGUGUCCAGUGCAUCUGCUCAUAGUACGCAAGUAGUCAGCCUACAAAGGAAUUGUGUUAUAUGAUUCUAUGGAUGAU